GCAGGCUGGAGAGAGAAGACGUGUGUUAAGAUUUCGUUCGGAUUUUUAACCCCGGAGGGGUCCUCAAUCUUGUCCCCCAGGAUGGGACCCACACCAGUCGACUAAAACCCAGGUACCUAUUCGCUGCUAGGUAAACAAGACAGCAGGUGUAAGGAAACACGUCGAAAUGUUUCCACCCGCCGAGAAUCGAACCCGGGCCCUCCAUGUGUGAAGCGAGAGCUUUAGCCACCAGGUCACCGGGUCACCAUUUCCCUUGAUAUGGACUAAUGAAGCCACUGUGUGGCGAAACGUUAUCCUUAUUAAAGAUACCCAAGUGUUGCACAUGUGUCUAAUUUACCAACUUGUCGGUUCUCUGAACCAUUAAUCUUCACAUAUAUUAACGGUAUUUAUUAAAGAGGACGUCCCGCCACGAGAUACUUAUGCUUUUAUGCGAAUUAUUAUAAAUUGUAGGUUUUUCUCCUACGUGUGUUCGUGAGUAAUGACGUAUGUUUGUCUACCUCUGGGAGAACACUAACCCCCUCCCACUUACAUUUUUCCAGUAUUAUCAAUAUUUUUGCAUUAAAUAUUGUUUAGUAGUGAUACAUUUUUUAUACUUUAUUGUUGAAUUUUUAUUUACAGGUCACAGAGAAGUGGGAAGGACGUGAAGUGGUUAGAAGCUUCGUGUGCUCAACCUCUCAGUCCACCCUCAACACAACAAACUGUCUUCCAGCAACACUGGUUGAUCAAACGAAGACUUUACAACAACCAUGGCUGAGAUUGUUGUUACUGGUGAUGAAGUAGAGUGUUCUGGGGAUGAUGCAGAGUUACAAGCCAGAACUACAAGUGGUUUACAAGCCAAGUUUUACAUAACUUGUCUUCCUAAUGAACUUUUGCUACACAUUUUCUCAUUCCUUAGUGUUCCAGAACUGUGUUUUAGCGUGGCUCCUGUGUGUACUGCAUGGCGAGACUUGGCCAAAGAUCCCAUACUGUGGAGACAUCUUGAAUUUAAUUUCGUGUAUAACACAGACACCAAGAGAGAGCAGAGGUUAGUGACAGCCUCACCUUUCUUGCUAUCACUGGAAUUGCAAAAUCUUACGAAUGGUAAUUUCCUGCUUCACGUCGCAGAUUCUUGUAAAAUGCUGAGGAAACUCACGCUCAUACAUUGUAUUGAUCCAUCAUACACGUGUGUACUUCAACUUUCUGAGAGAAAUCGCCCCGUCAUACAAAGGUUGAUUACAGACAGACACUCAAGGUUGACUUAUAGUUUUCUUCUAACUUCUGGUUUCAAGGAACUGCGAUAUUUAAACUUUAACAUGUGUUCAUCACUAACUGAUGAAGAAUUGGAAAGUAUUGCUAGACAGUGUAAACAUCUCCAAUACCUUAACAUUGAAGACAUGUCUGAGAUACACGAUUCUUCAAUAACAUUACUGACGAAGGAGCUCGGUCACUGUCUCAAGAGUCUUCACAUACAUGGUAAAUAUUUAACAGACAUCUCAUAUAAGUCAUUUAGUAACCUAGUGCUGCUGGAAGAACUAAUGAUCAUGAAGUGUGUUAACAUGACUGACGUUGGACUACGUGGGCUGCACGGUCUAAAAAAGCUGACCUCGCUAACACUUUUCUUGGAUGAUGGCGUAAGUGUGACUGGCCUCACAGAUCUGUUUACAGGGAAACGUUUAUCGCAGUUGGUUCACCUUGAGCUUGUAUUUCAGUCCUUGAAUGACUUGGUAGUGAAAACCCUGGCAAGGAAUUGCCCUAACCUGCUCAGACUAACACUCAAAUGUAUGACGGCAACUUACGGCAUGUUCAACCCACCACUGCUUACUAGUUCCACUAUGACUGACGCUGGUAUUGCCGAGGUGGUGGCUCGGUGCCCACUGCUCCAAGAACUCAAUUUGACUAGAAUGCCAAACCUCACUGGCACUGCUCUCAUUAACAUUCCCACAGCUCUUCCUCAUCUAAGUGGACUAGAGCUCUGGGGCUGCAGCAGAGUUAAUUCAACAAUUAUACAACGUCUGGAAGAUCAGAUACCGUCACUCAUUGUGUUUUCUCCAAAAGAGUUAGGCUGGGUAAGAAGCUUCAGAUGAACUGCAAGAAAUGUCAAAGAAAAUUAAACAUGCAAUAAUAAGUAACACCAGAGUGUAACAUUAUGUUAGUGUUAACACAGUGCAGUAGUUACUCGUUAUAACAACUGUUAUAUUAUGCAUGUCCCAUAAAAUAAUUUUGAACAGUGAAUAUACAACAUUUUCCUGAACAACUUGUUACUUGAACCAACAUAGAAUUUUGAUCCAAGGUUAAUAAAUUUGUGUGUGAACAAUUUGUAUAAUAUUUUAGUUAUAGCUAAUAAACAGUUUUCUAUAACAUUUGUAAUAUUUCAUUUUCUUUUAUUUCUGGACUAACUUAAUUAAACUUUAUGGGAGGGUCCUUGAUUCUGGUAAGUAAGUAAGUAAGUAAAUUUAUUCAGGUAUACACAGUACAGUUACAUAGAAUUAUCAUACAUAGCAGCAUAUGUGUAGAGAACCUAGGAUAACCCAAAAAAGUCAGACAGAGUGACUUAUUUCCAUUGGUGAAGGGGCUGUUGAUCCAAGGAAUUUUAUCCCAUUCCUUCAGGUUUAGUUUUCUGUUCAUGGCUGGUUAAUGGGGUUUCAAGACUGUCGACGACAUUGCGGUCAUGUUAUCUGUUCACCACCAGCCAAGAAUAUAAUCAAUAUUAAUAAGCAUGUUCAACUGAAUGUUCAAUUGUCCCAUGGCUCGGUUGGUAGCGCACUCAGCUCACACACUAAAGUCCGUGGUUCGAUCUCCGGUACGGGUGGAAACAUUAGGACGCGUUUCUUUAAGACACCUGCUGUCCCUGUUCACCUAUCAGUAAACAGGUACCUGGGUACUCGCCUAGUUGUGCUCACCUAGUUGAGGUUGCAGUGGUCGGGUCCUAGCUCCUGGCCCCGCCUCUUCACUGGUCGCUACUAGGUCACUCUCCCUGAACUGUGAGCUUUAUCAUACCUCUGCUUAAAGCUAUGUAUGGAUCCUGCCACCACUACAUCGCUUCCCAAACUAUUCCACUUCCUGACUACUCUGUGGCUGAAGAAAUACUUCCUAACAUCCCUGUGAUUCAUCUGUGUCUUCAACUUCCAACUGUGUCCCCCUAUUGCUGUGUCCAAUCUCUGGAACAUCCUGUCUUUGUCCACUUUGUCAAUUCCUCUCAGUAUUUUGUAUGUCGUUAUCAUGUCCCCCCCCCUAUCUCUCCUGUCCUCCAUUGUCGUCAGGUCGAGUUCCCUUAACCUCUCCUCGUAGGACAUACCUCUUAGCUCUGGGACUAGUCUUGUUGCAAACCUUUGUACUUUCUCUAGGGUGUUAGUCUACUGGUGUGGGUCGCAUCCUGGGAACAUAAUUAACCUAAUUUGCCCGGAAUGCUCUGCAUAAUGAGAUUUCUAUAUAGUAUGUCAUGGAUGUCAGCUAUGGUCUGUAUACAUUGUACCUGUACCGACCAUAGUGGUCGUGUUGCCGACCAUAGUGGUCGUGUUGCCGACCAUAGUGGUCGUGUUGCCGACCACAGUAAAGACUCGGGUGGAACAAGCCUCACGAGACGACUGUUUUGUUAUUAACUCACGAUGAAGCUCUAAACCAUUGUCUCUUAUGACUUAAUAAAGCUCUGCAUAGGUCGAAAUAGUGUCUCACGAUCUGACAGUUUCGCACAGGUCGAAAAGUUGUCUCGUAAUUUGAGUUUUGCACCGGGUGUCGUAGCUGGUAGAAGGGUGUUCGUAUGGCCUCUUAGCCUUGACUUCAGCUUCGCAUUAUCAACAGAACGCACCAUGCAUUCAGGCUCUGCCAGAUCCGUCAAGUCUCAUUAGUGUAAUCACACUUUUAGCUAAAUACCACAUGUCGAUGAGCAAUCGCCCGAAGUAAUUAUGAAGUCACCUCGGACGGAAGCCAUGGCCAUGAAAACGAACACCGCCUAUGCAAUAAUGCACACAAACACCUGUUGUUAUUGUUUUUUUGGUCUUUUGAGGUGGGUCGGCAUGGGUUGUGGGAAUAGGUUGGACCUAUUGGCCCCCACCCCUCCCUACCUCCAUUGGGACCUUUCCCUGCAGUCGUUUCUGCGCCUGGGAAAGGUACAGAGGAGAGGAGGCAUUGAUGGGUAGGGGCUUGCAAGGCUUGUGGGUCGUGGGUUGCAAUGGGAGUCGCCUUACGUAAGGGGUGGAAUGCAUUGUAUGUUGCAGUGGAGAGCGUUGCUAGUCAGCCAGCCGUUAUGGAACUCGUGAAGGUUAUUUGCAUAAGAGCAACAGACGCUGGUUGCAGCUGCAGGCGAUCAGGUGACAGAUAUAUGGUGACCAGGGAACAGGUACGAGACACCAUGAUCUGUACUAGGGGAGGAAUGUCAUCGCAAGACGAUUAGACUAACAAGGUGAAAGGACGGUGAAUUGUCCGUGCAAGUUGCUAGCUUGCCAUAAUGCAACAUGUGUGUGCAUGAAUGCAGGGGAACCUACAUGGUGACAUGUCUAUACUCACCUAUUUGUACUCACCUAUCUGUAAUCACCUAUUUGUGGUUACAGGGGUCGAGACAUAGCUCCUGGCUCCGCUUCUUCACUGAUGGCUACUAGGUCCUCUCU